AUGGCCAAUCUUUCGUUCUCGCCGACGGGCUCAAUAUCGUCCCACACGCUCUCUGCCCAGUCUGUCCAGCCGCCGCCCUCGUCCUCCGCCAACUCCGCCGCGGCGCAAGCUCUCCUCGCCGCCCUCUCCGCCUCCCCGCACGACUUUCUACAGCCCCCGUCAAGCCUACACAAUGCAACACUUGCACUGGCGAAGCACCUUCUCGAUCCGCUGGCUUCCGGCGUGAGCGAGGCCCAAGUCAAGCGCCAGCAGGAAGCACGCAAGAAGAGGAAGCGCGGCGAGGGCGACGCUGAGGCCGGCCCGGUGUUGCAAUUGAAGAAGGUCCAUCUUGAGGGCUUUGGUGUUGAACAAGUCUGGGAGCAGUCCAAGAGGGUUCUGGAUGCGGCGCGCGCCGAGGUUGAACGUGACCUGCCUGAUGUAUUCGCCGAGACCGAUGGCGCUCUGGACGGCGGCUUUCCUAGCCAGAACGGCGUGAAGAUGGUUCGCUUCGGCGAGGAUGGCUUCGAACUCAGUGAGUCGGAUGAGGAAGACGAGGAGGGAAGCGAACUGGGCGAGGAGGGUGUGGACUGGGAAUAUGACGGCGACGAUGUCUCUGAAGAGGCAGAUAGCGACGCUGAGGAGCUUGAAGAAGGAUUUCACACUGAGGAGGAAGACGAGGGAUCAGACAUGGAUGACAUAGACAUGGAUCGCGACGAUUACGACGAGGACGACGCGUCACAGGACGAUGCGGCUGCCGAAGAAUAUGUCCCAGACCCCAAUGGUCUUAACGACGGCUUCUUCUCCAUCGAUGACUUCAAUCGCCAGUCCGAAUUCUUAGAGCAGCAGGAUGCAAGGGGCGACGAGGACGAUGCUGCAAGCGAUGAAGAGGAGAUUAACUGGGCCGAAGAUCCUCUCAAUUCAAACUCGCUUGUGGCCAAAGGCUUGCAGAAUGAGGGCGCAGAUGAGGAUGAAGACGAGGACGACGAAGACGGUCCCACGUUUGGCAACAUGGACCUCAAUGCACCGGAAGGGGCUAGCGACGACGAUAUGUCCGUCACUGAAGGAGAGAUGGACGGUAUGGGCGAUAUGGACAACGCGAACAACAUCAUGUACGCCGACUUUUUUGCACCACCGGCAAAGAAGGGCAGCAAAAAGAAGAAGGGUCGUCCUCAUCCCCACAACUUCCCUUCCGCAGGCCAGAAGGCUGCUUCGGCGCCGAACGAGGAGGACGUUGAAAGAACAAUGGCUGCGGUCCACCGGGACCUGUUCAACGAGUCGGACGAUGACCAGGAUGCCUCGGAUCUCAGCGACGUCGAUCCUGACGACCCUAAGGCGCGCAAGUCGACCCACGAGCGCCGCCAAGCCAAGCUUGCAGAGGAGAUCCGCCGCUUGGAAGCCCAGAACGUCGCAAAGAGAGAAUGGACUCUUUCUGGUGAGGCUAGAGCGGCGGAUAGGCCGCAGAAUUCUCUCUUGGAGGAGGACCUCGACUUCGAGCGCGCAGGCAAGCCCGUCCCUGUCAUUACUGCAGAAGUCAGCGAAGACAUUGAAUCCUUGAUUAAGCGCCGCAUCAUCAGCCGCGAAUUCGAUGAGGUCAUCAAAAGACGUCCUGAAGACCUGGCCACCGGUCCCGUCCGCCGCGGAAGGUUCGAGCUCGAUGAUACCAAGGCGCAAAAGGGUCUCGCAGAGGAGUACGAGGAGGAGCACUUGCGCAAGACGGAUCCGAACUAUGUAGACGUCAAGGACGAGAAGCUUAAGAAGGAGCAUCGCGAGAUCGAGGCGCUGUGGCGCGACGUCGCCGGUAAGCUCGACGCCCUCAGCAGCUGGCACUACAAGCCCAAGCCCGCGAGCGCCAACCUCGAGAUCCGCACCGAUGCGGCGGCCAUCACCAUGGAAGACGCCAGGCCAACGGCCGGCGGCGAUAUCGGCAGCGCCAGUAUGCUCGCUCCGCAGGAACUGUACGCGCCGGGCGAAGAGCGGACCAAGGGCGAGGUGGUCACGAAGGGCGGCAUGCCGAUCGCGAAGGAGGAGAUGAGCCGCGAGGAGAAGAAGAGCCGACGUAGAAGGGCCAAGGAGCGUCUGCAGAAGACAGGUGGUCCAGAGAAGCAGGAGAGCAAGCAGACGAAGGAGAGGAAGGAGGUUGUCAGCGAUCUCAAGAAGGGCGGUGUCAAGGUAAUCAACAAGAAGGGCGAGGUCACAGACGUCGAGGGCAAGGCUAUCAAGAGUGGGAGGGCGCAAGGUGGCGCCGGCAAUUUCAAGUUGUAA